AUGAGAAUCAACGCCCCCGCCCUCAUCUACGUUUUUGCUAGCCUGGCCACUGCCAACCCUCUCGACUGGCUUGGAAUUGCCUCCUGGGACGUGGAGGGCUUCGCCAAAGACAACCCCAUAGGGAAGACUACAGGAGGCAAAGGCGGCCCGACCGUUACCGUCACGAGCGUCCCCGAGCUCCAAUCCGCCGUCGUCGGUGGUGACCCAAAGACAAUUAUCCUCAAAGGCGAAUUUGCUCUUCCUGCACGUCUCAAUGUCGGCUCCAACAAGAGUCUCAUUGGUUUCAGAAACCAGGCGCAUAUUACCGGAAAGGGCCUCAACGUCUACAAUGCUACCAAUGUCAUUCUGCAGAAUCUCAAGAUCAGCUACAUCUUGGACAACGACUGCAUCACCAUCCGCAACUCCACCAGGGUCUGGGUGGAUCACAACGAGUUCACCUCGGACAUAUCCCAGGGCCCCGACUUCUACGACGGCCAGGUCGACAUUAUUCGCGCUUCAGACUGGAUCACAGUCUCUUGGAACUACUUCCAUGAUCACUGGAAGUCCUCUCUCGUCGGAAACGACCCCACAUUCCGCGACCUCGACUCGGGCCACCUCCACGUCAGCUAUCACCACAAUUACUGGAAGAAUAUGGGCACUCGUGGUCCUGCCGGUCGCUUUGGCACGCAGCAUAUAUACAGCAAUCUCUAUGAAGACUUCCUCUACCAGGCCAUCCACUCUCGUUCUGACAACCAGGUUCUCGUUGAGGGCAACGUAUUCCGCGGCAAGACGCGUGAGGCUCUGAGCACGUAUGGUCUUGUCAUCCCUGAGGAUUCGCCAAACACCUGCUGCAUCUACCGCUAG